CACGCAGCUAGCCUUUAAUAAAGUUCGCAGAGCGACUCUUUCAUAUUGCAUAAUGGACUUUGAUUCUGAAAGGAAAGCUCCUUCUCUGACGAUCCACAAAUUGUGUUUACGUUGACCGUAUUAUUAGAUUAUUUGAAUCUUCCUCGAUCAAUUCGAUUACCAUCGCAAAAAUGGCUACCACUAUGGCACCCUUGAACACGACAAACGACGUGGGGGAUGAACUGAACCCCGGUUGGGGGAUCAGUGAAAUCGAAAACAGCAUGGUGGUGCGAGCAAUCUACGGUAUUAUAGCAGUGCUGGGUAUCACAGGUAACUUUGUAGUCUGCCUGGUGCUGCUUCGAGUCCCCAGUCUCCGCUCACACACCAGUAAUUUCCUCGUGCACCUGUCACUGGUGGAUCUGAUACUAUGCAUCUGGGCGGUGCCGUUUCACCUGUUCCCCCACGUGCCCGACCCCAGCCCGGGGGUAGGGGGCGACAUCAAGUGUCGCUUGUACUCCUCCAAGUUUCCCCUGUGGACCUGUGCCUUGGUCUCCAUCUGUAGCCUGGUCACUGUUAACCUAGAGCGCUACAUCGCAAUCGUCUAUCCCAUCAAAUACAAGAACAUCUACACACCUAGAAACACAGCCCUAAUGAUCGCUGCCUGCUGGGCCAUAGGAAUCAUCUCCAACUCCUACACGUUCUACGUCUACGGCAACAACGAAGACGGUCACUGUGUCUUCUUCGGCUGGCCUACCAAAGGGUUUCAGGUGGUGUUGGGUCUCUGGAACUUCAUUUCCUAUUACCUAGCACCCUUCAUCUUCAUGGUUAUAACUCAAUGGAGAGUUAUCAAGACGCUCAGGGACCAGGCUAAGAUGCUAAAGGAGAAACGAGAACGAACAGUGUCGACGGUCCGGAAGUCACAAUACCGUAAAAUGUGGCAGGUCCACGCGGCUCAAGAGUUGGAGAAGACACUCCUGAUUGUCAGCAUCACGUAUGCCAUCUGCUGGGCGCCUAACCAGUUCCUCUUCAUCGUCUUCAACCUGAGCCCGGACCCUGAGAUCGUUGACUUCGGGGCUGCCUACUACCAUUUCACCGUGAUCCUAGCCGUGGCUAACUCCUGUCUCAACCCCAUCAUCUAUACCAUGAAGAACAGGCCCUUUCGUCGCGGUAUCCGUAAGGUGUUUGGCUGUCCGCGGGGGAUUCACCCCAAGAAGCAGAAGCCUGUCGCGGCAGAGGUCGCUACUGUUAAUAGCUCUGAUAUCAUCAGGCUUGGCCACGGGCCUGGUGUGAUCGUACUAGAGAGUACUAACGAAACAUCGCAGCAGGUAUGACCGCCUAGGAAUUAGGAUGGUGAGAUUCAACAACCAUCUUUUAAAAGCAGAUAUUCUGCUUGCCAGGCCCUUGCCAAUGUUCAGCCAAUGUUAUGCCGCUAUAUGCCAUUGUUACCAAUAUAGGACCCACUUUUUUUGGCCAAUGAGGCAAACGUACGUGGAACAUUAUUGGGUAAGAUUGGGCCAAUAUUGGCCACAUUCUGCCAAGGAUUGGCUUCCCCGAUUGGCCUGUUUUUGCCUAGAUGAGCCCAAUAUUGGCCAGAUGUUUCUAUGCUGGCUGGAUUGCUUGUCCAAAAUGAGGACAAGAGAAGAAUGUAUUAAUAUAGACUACUUGCAGUUAAAUUGUAUUGCUGUAAAUUCCAAAAUGUACACUUUUCUUUUAGUAUGGGUGACGAUAUCAUCCAGGCCUACAUUAUUUUCUAGCAACAUAAUUUGUGAGUUUAUUUUUAGUCAAUUAGAAUGCACCAUUGGCACCCAAAACAUGUAUAAAUAAAAAAAUUAGCAUUUUCCCUUAGUUUUGGAAAAUAUUCUCGGAAUGCUGUAAUAAUAUAAACAAGGCUUCUUCCUUCACUGGCAUAAUGUUAUCAAAACUGUACGGCUACAUUUUCCUUAGAACUAGUGAGUAUUGUUGAAUACGUUUUAGUCAUCAGGUUUCAAAGAGAUCCUAUAAUAAGGGCUCCCUGAAAUCACUUAUUAAUUUUCUCUCCAGAAAUGGAACAAUAAAUACUACAAAUUUCGUAUACAUCGAAUAUUUUAUAUAGGGUUAUUACCUAUAUAAUGGAAAAGUGUACAAAAGCUGAAAGGCCUUGGAAAUAAAUGAAGGCAAUUAAGACGACGACAAGUCAAAACACAAGUCUUGUCACAGUGAAUGGGAAUACACACUGGUGGGAAAGUGCCUUCGUCUAAUUCAUUUAAAUUCAUAAGUGUACCGUGAUGACUAGAUUACGGUUGUGGUCGCUAAGAAAGAAAAAGAGAAGCAAUUUCCUACUUUCUCUGUUUUGUUCAUAAAUAAGAACCCUGGAUAAAGUACGUCUACUCAACGAAACACGAGUGUCCACUGAUAUUAAACUGCGCCUUAUUUCAAUGCACGAGGACUUCAUUCUGUUCAAGUCAACCCUUGAUAGUUGAAGUUAUAAAUGGCUCCGUUGUUCGUACCUUUGGACGACGAGUCAUGAGUAAUAUCAACCGUCGGACACAGUGAGGCUCAAUAUUGACAGACUAGUUCAGCUGCAACGGGGCCUUACAAAAACAAAGGAUACCGCGUAUUGCGCAAUAGACUUGUGAUAGGUUCAAACUGACGAUGACUCGACUUUCCUGGCCAAAACAAAUAGCUGCGAAAUAACGAUUGUCUCACAACCGCUACUCUUUC